AGCGUUUGUGUUUAUUAUAAUUAGCCGUCAGGUUGAAACAGAAAUCCUGUCUUGUUGCGGCCUGUGAAGUUGCCACCAUGACAAAGCGAAACAGGCGACGUGUUUUCUGACGACGUGUGAAGCCGUUUCUCAGAAACAUGCCACUGAGAUGAAGCUCGUGGUCGGAGGGGCGAACAGGCUCUGAUGUGAGGGGCGGAGGUGAGAAACAAUGACCACGAAACAAUCACACAACCUGCAGGAGCAUGAAGACAUGAGCGUCACGGGGCCCACAGGGGCCCCACUGAUGGUACCGAUAAAUACCAGACCGGAGAUCAGCCGCCGUCAGUCCGAUCCAUCAGCUGAUGAUCAAAAUGAAGAUCCUGCUCCUGCUGCUCCUCCUGCUCGCAGCGUGUCCAUGCAGCCACUCCUCUGCAGGUCAUUUUCCGACUGGGAAGAACCGGCCGUGUUGCCUCCACGUCUCCAGGAAGAACCUCAGCAGUCAUGUUGUCGGGUCGGUUUUCCAUAAGCAGUCGGCCCGGUUUCCCUGUGUGAGAGCCGUGAUAUUCUACACAAAGAACGGACCCAUAUGUGUUCAUCCCAGAGACUCCUGGGUCCAACAAGUCAUUGCCAAUAUUACAAAGAAGAAAUAAAGUCAACAUGAACACACUGUUGGACUUGCAGCUUAAUUUCUUAUAUUAAUUUUCUUCUACAUGAAAAAUAAAAUAUUUAUUUGACUAUUAAAAUUGCUGCAUUUGCUUUCAACACUUAAAAUAACUUUAUUUUUCCAUACUCGUCUCAUUUUUGUACUUUUGCAUUAUGAACUUUCCCUGUGAAAUGCUUUAUGAAAUAUAAAUAAAUUUGCUUACUUAUUCACUCCAAUUGUGCUGCUGAGAAUUAAAUAAAUAUAUUUUUGUCAAUAA